AUGAGUUGGGAGUUGACCUUAUGGAAGGAGAAGUUCCCCAGGCACUACUACCCAAGGACAAAAGCAGGCAGAUGUAGCGAGCACUCCAAGGAAAGCAUGGGUUGUUAUAACUUGGCAUGGACCCCAGGGAAGACUGAUUGGACAAGUAUUAACAAUUGGUCCACCGAAAUAGCCGGAGAUCUAUAUGGCUCCCAGUCCAUGUCUGAGACCUGGACUCAUCAGAAAACGGGACUGUGGGAUGGUACAUGGGGCAAACCUAGAUUAACCUGGACAGAUUUCAUAGAUCUACUACUCCAGGAGAUUGAUAAACUAGCCGAAAACACCCCAGAAAGGUCCGACUCUACGAGAUGGAAGUGGUAUAGAGAUGACUGGUAUAGUGCUCUGAAGGAAGCGGGCAGGGAACCUGGGGGAUGGAACAGUACAUCCGAGGGUCAAGCCAUCUAUAGUCUGAUAUUCUGUAUCGUAAGCGGAUUAUAUAGGCAAGGCAAGGACGAUAACACGAAACUAACUGGCAGGGACAGGAUAUGUACCAAAGUAGAUCAAAACCUAGAGGUGGAGGCACAGGAGUGGUUGAGUUGGUAUAAGCAGAAGGAAGAGCGGGUUAGUAAGUUGGGGGGCAGCGAAUGUACGAAGACUCAGGCCGGUAAGGCAUGUACCAGCAUGAAGUUAGGAUUAAUAAAUAGCGUAUAUGAAGGAUUAACAAAAUUAUGUCCAACCUGUGGCCCGUAUCAAUUGGGAAAUUGGAUAAGGAGAUCAGCCAGCACGACUUACCGCGGUGAAAGCUAUUACUGUGUUGUCAACGGAAAAGAGUUCAACUGCAACAACGAGCAGACUGCGAAGGACCAGGGGAGAACACUAGUAGUUCGUGGAAUCCCGAAAACACCCAGCUCUACAGGACAAACACGGGCACCACUGGGAAAAGCGCAAACCUCAGCGCAGACACCCGAGGAGUCAUCUCACAAAAAUUCAGCCGACGGAACUAGCGGGGAUUCUGCCCAGGCCGUGACAGGAUUAGGAGGAAGCUCUAAGGGACGAAAUUCCCCAACAGAUUCAGAAGGGGAACCAGAACAUCCGAACGUCCAAGUCAACAGCGAAGGAGGAAAAGAACCCGAAGCCUCUGCUUCUACAACUAUAACACAAUCAGCAAAUACGGAGCCUCAGAAGGAGCCAAAGGAGGCAGCCUCGUCUUUACCUAACCCAGGGACCAAUGGAGAGGACCAGACUGAGGGUCCACCGGCAGCUUCCGCUGCUUCAGAUAGUAUGGGAGCCGGAGGGGAGGGGAAUGCAACUUCGGCGCUUGCCCCAGGAGUAGGAAAAGAGGAAGACCCUCGUGCCGAGAGGGGUAUAGGAACCAUAGCUGGAGGAGUAAUAGGAGGAGUCCUUAUAGCAGGGAUAGCAGCUUAUGGUUUGUAUAGAAUUUGGGGGAGGCCGCGACGGAGAAAGGCGCUUAGGGCGGACAAGUGGGAGGGGCCAUCGAUUGGCUUAAGGAUAUAG